AUGAAAGUCAUUAAGCUGCAGUCAUGGGAAGAGGAGUUCAAGAAACAGAUAGAGUCUUGUCGUGAUGAUGAAUUCAAAUGGUUGGCUAAGGCUCAGCUGACAAAGGCCUUUGGUACUUUCUUGUAUUGGAUGUCUCCAACAAUUGUUUCUUCUGUUAUCUUUAGCCUGUUAGACUUAUACCUGAGGCGAAUUUCUGCUGUAAUCCAAGUCAGUGUCUCUUUCGAUAGGAUAAACAACUUUCUCCUUGACGACGAGCUCAAGAUUGAUGAGACUGAAAGAAGUGGUCUGGAGAAAUCUGGAACAGCAGUUGACAUACAAGCAGGUAAAUCUCUGGUCCAUCGCUUAUGUUUCUCAGACUCUUGGAUCCAAAGUGGUACCAUCAGAGACAAUAUCCUCUAUGGAAAGCCCAUGGAUACUAGACGAUACAAUGCUGCUAUUAAAACAUGUGCGUUGGAUAAGGACAUAGAUGGGUUUGGACAUGGUGAUCUCACAGAAAUAGGACAGAGAGGGCUUAACUUGAGUGGAGGACAAAAGCAAAGGAUUCAGCUGGCCCGUGCUGUCUAUGCAGACGCUGAUGUUUACCUUCUUGAUGAUCCUUUUAGUGCCGUGGAUGCUCAUACAGCUGGAUUUCUUUUUCAUAAAUGUGUUGAGGACUCGCUGAGGGAGAAAACUGUCAUUCUGGUCACUCACCAAGUCGAGUUUCUCUCUGAAGUCGAUCAAAUUCUGGUUAUGGAAGAAGGAAGAAUCACUCAAUCAGGAAAGUAUGAGGAGCUCUUAAUGAUGGGGACUGCAUUCAAACAGCUGGUGAAUGCUCAUAAUGAUGCAGUGACUGUAUUACCUUUAGCUAGGGUCAACUUACACAGGAAGAAGAAAAAGAGACAGGGUUAUGUUGGGUUGAAACCUUUCUUGGACUAUUUCCGUGUCUCCCAAGGAUGGUUUCUUCUAUGGUCAAGCGUAUUGGGUCAGGUUGGCUUUGUAGUUUUUCAGGCUGCAUCAACUUACUGGCUGGCUUAUGGCAUUGGGAUCCCUAAACUCACUGCACAAUGCUUAUUGGAGUCUAUAGCAUUAUCUCAACUCUUAGUGCUGUCUUCAAAGCCCAUGCUUUUCUUUGAUUCUACUCCCGUUGGACGCAUUCUCACCCGAGCAUCAUCUGAUUUGAACGUCUUGGACUUUGACAUUCCAUUUGCAUUCAUAUUUGUGGUAGCACCGGCUGUUGAGCUCACUGCAGCUCUAUUCGUCAUGACAUAUGAUUACUAUUUAGCCUCUGCAAGGGAGCUGAUUAGGAUCAACGGAACAACCAAAGCUCCAGUGAUGAAUUAUGCUGCAGAAACCUCACUUGGAGUGGUGACAAUACGAGCCUUUGGAACAGUAGACAGAUUCUUUAAAAACUACCUAAACCUAGUCGACGCAGAUGCCGUGCUAUUCUUUCUGUCUAAUGCAGCCAUGGAGUGGGUGAUUCUGAGGAUAGAGACUCUGCAGAAUGUGACUUUAUUCACUUGUGCACUUCUGCUUAUCCUUAUUCCCAAGGGCUACAUAGCUCCAGGCUUAGUUGGGCUUUCACUCUCCUAUGCAUUAACACUGACACAGACUCAGGUGUUUUUGACACGAUGGUAUUGCACCUUAUCGAACUCUAUCAUUUCGGUGGAGAGGAUAAAACAGUAUAUGAGCAUACCAGCAGAACCUGCUGCAGUUGUGGAUGAUUGUAGACCACCUUCCUCAUGGCCUUCCAAUGGAUAUCGCCCCAAUGCUCCGUUGGUUCUCAAAGGAAUCUCUUGCACAUUCAGGGAAGGGACAAGAGUUGGAGUUGUUGGUAGGACCGGAAGUGGGAAAAGCACUUUAAUCAGUGCUUUGUUUCGCUUGGUGGAACCAGCAAGUGGUUCCAUAUUGAUUGAUGGCAUUGACAUAAGUAAGAUUGGCCUAAAGGAUUUAAGAAUGAAACUCAGCAUCAUUCCUCAAGAACCAACUCUUUUCCGUGGCUGCAUAAGGACCAACCUUGAUCCUUUAGGUGUUUACUCCGACGAUGAGAUAUGGAAGGCUCUCGAGAAGUGCCAGCUCAAGACGACGAUUAGCAAUCUGCCUAAUAAACUUGAUUCUUCAGUGAGUGAUGAAGGAGAGAACUGGAGCGUGGGACAGAGACAGCUGUUCUGUCUCGGAAGAGUACUGCUGAAGAGAAACAAGAUAUUGGUGUUGGAUGAAGCUACAGCCUCCAUUGACUCAGCCACUGAUGCAAUCAUUCAGAGAAUCAUAAGAGAAGAGUUUGCAGACUGCACUGUGAUAACAGUUGCACAUAGAGUCCCAACGGUGAUAGACAGUGACAUGGUCAUGGUUCUCUCCUUUGGUGAUCUUGUGGAGUAUAACGAGCCUUGGAAGCUGAUGGAGACUGAUUCUUACUUCUCUAAGCUCGUUGCUGAGUAUUGGGCAAGCUGCAGAGGAAAUUCUUCUUCUCAGAAAUCAGAACCUUCAUGCCCAAAUUUAGAAUGA